UAGAAACUGAAAUAUGUAUAAAUACAAAUGAAUACAAAUUGUAAAGUUGAAUUCUAGUGGAAUAUCUAUGUGAACGAUUAAAGAGAUUUAGAUAAUGUUUUACAAAAAUAUUUUAAUUCCAAUUAUUAUUAUUAAUUUAUAUAGUCAACAAUUAACAUUCAUUAAUGCAAUACAUUUGACACGUUAUCAACGUUCAUUAAGUAUGAAAAAUAUUAUAUUAUGGCCAAAUGGUGUUAUACCUUAUAUUAUUGAUGAUAUAGAUAAAUCAAAAACUAAUGAAUUUACAGAAUAUUUUUCUAAACUUGAUGUUUUAUUAAUUAAAAAAGCAAUGUCAAUUAUUGAAGAAGAAACAUGUAUUCAAUUUUAUGAUCUAACUUCUAGAAUAAAUACAAGAAGAUUUUCUGAUAGACAUUUAAUUCGAAUUAAAGGUCGAGGUCAAAGAGGAUGUUAUUCAUCAUUAGGCAUGAUGAGAAAUAGGAAUCAAGUUCUUCGACUUGGUCCAACUUGCCGAACUGUUGGUCAAAUUCUUCAUGAAUUACUUCAUGCAUUAGGUGUAAUGCAUGAAAUUAUGCGACCAGAUCGUGAUCAAUACGUUAUUCUACAUGAAGAAAACAUUGACAAAUCAUAUUUGGAAGAAUUUAAAAAAAUUAAAGAGCAUCAGUCUAUCUUGACAGAUCGUAAAUUUGAUUUUCAAUCAAUAAGUUUAUAUGAUCCUUUUACUUUUACAUCAAACGGUUAUCCAGUAUGGGAACCAAUUAAUAAUUUAGAAGAUGAACCAUUGUUUUCAAUCAGUGAAAAAUAUUUAUCAUUUGAAGAUACCGUUGGUUUAAAUCGACUCUAUAAGUGUGAUAGAACUUGUUCUAAUCAAAGCACACCAUGUGAACCAGGGGAAUUUCGAAACAAACAUUGUAUUUGUACAAAUGCAUCAAAAUAUGCUUUUGAUCGAUGUAAAGAUGAUGUCAAUGAAACUAAAUAUUGCAGUGAUGCAGUUUCUAAAAAUAAAUGUUACGAUGAAGCAAAAUACGCCAUACCUUUUUGCAGACGUACAUGUGGUAGAUGUUUUCGGGCUGGUUCAUUAGGAAUAUCAAAGCCACCAAAAAAGUUAUGUCAAGAUGUGGAGAUUGAUAUGUGCGAAAACUACGUUAAAGAAGGAUAUUGUCACUUUGAUGGUUGGACCAAGUUAAAUUGUCAGUAUUCCUGUAACCUAUGUCCAUCACCUGACGUCGUCAAGCGACAAGUUGAAACAAGUGAUGUGAGAGCAUAUUUAGAAGCUUAUCGCAAAGGCGAUUGUUUCAAUAGGUAUGAUGAUUUACGGUGUGAAGUAUUUGCUGAACGUGGUGAUUGUCGUACGAAUCCUGGUUUCAUGUCUAGUCAGUGUACUCAGUCUUGUGGUUUAUGUCCAGAAAUAGAAAAUCAGCAUCCAAAUGUUAGCUAUACUCAGUCUUCUCAUACAAUACGACUAUCGACACCCUGUCGUAAUUAUAUUGAUGAUCAACGUUGUGACGCCCUAGCUAAAGAAGGAAAAUGUUUUGGGACUACAUUGAAACAGUGUCUUGGUUCAUGUAAUAAAUGUGGUGAUAAUUAUCGACGUCAAACUACUGAAGUUCCCCAUACUACAACAACCAAUAUUAUCAGUAGUAAUGAUAAUAGUAAUAAAAAUGAUUAUAAUAACUCAUUAUUGUCACUCGAAUGUGAAGAUCAGUCAUCAUUAUGUUCAUAUUAUAAAAAUACUUUAGAAUGUAAAACGAAUAAAAUUAUUAUGUUGGAAAUGUGUCCUAAAACUUGCGGAUCUUGUGAAACAAACUGUGAAGAUAUUGAUUCACCAAGUGUAUGUAAUGAUCUUGUUCAACGUGGUUACUGCAACCUAUCAAAAGUGCAUGCUCGAAGAUGUAAGAAAAGUUGUGGUAUUUGCAAAGAUAUGAAAUAUUUGAAUACAAAUUCAUCCAUGUCCAAUAAUGUUACUAAUGUCAUUGUUUCAAACAGGACAAAAGAAAUUAAUGAAACUAUUUUUAACAUUACUGGAACUUCAUUUGUAGCUACCAGUACUAUAACAGUAGCUCCAACAAAUUCUAUUACUUAUUCUACAACAAAAAGUAGUUUAAAUGGCUUCGAAGUGACAUCUACAAUAUCUAGAACAGCAGAAAUCUCACAAAGAAAACCAUCAUCGCAACCUAAAUUUGUAACUAAACGAAAGUACUUACCAUCAGAAUAUUCUGACGAUAAACAGGAAUGUAUCGAUCAAUACCCGAAGACAUCUUGUAUCGCUUGGAAAAAGACAGGUUAUUGUAAUUUUCCACAUGUCUCUAAAUUAUGCUUAAAAACAUGUCAUCUAUGUGAAACUAUUGAAAUGUUAAGUAAAUAUCGACCAUUAAUAAUUUAAUUAUUCUUUUAUUUUGUUUUAAUAUUUUACUGCAUUGUAUCUUAGUUUCAUUUCUUUUCAUCAUUUGACAUUGUUUCAUUGCAUUUAUUAAGUAUAUUUUAUAUUAAUGAUAAUCUUAACAAUAUUCAUAUUAUUUCUAAAUUGAAUAUCAUCUGUUUCUUUUUAUAGGAAAAAAUUUGUUAAAUUAUAAUAUGACUUUUCUUUAUUUUAAAAUCGAACUUAUUAGGAUAAUCCUUGUUAGAAGAAAGCCACUCUGUAUUUGUUUGUCUUUAAUUCUUCUAAAUUGUUAUGUAAAUAUGUGUAGAUCAUUGCACAAAAGAAUCUAAAUAUCAAAUAGAGAUUAUCAUCAUAAAACUUG